AUGGACGGUGACCCUGCCGUCGAGCCAGAAAUCGAUGGCUUCAGUCGCGUACUUCCCCUACCCUAUCGCGUCGCGCUUAUCAUAGUCCUUGGCAUAUGGGCAUGGGGCCUUAACCUCCAGUAUCUCACCCUCAUAAAGAUAGACGUCCCAAGUCUAAUCCGCUACCCGGGCCGUACCUCACCCCGCCACAUACCACACCACCUCUCCUGCUACCGCAUCGCCACUCUUCUCUCCAUCCCGCUCGCGCUCUCGCUGCUCCUAUUCUGGACCCUUACACACGGCAGCCCCAAAGACAUUGCGGGAUGGGAAAUCCUGCCAAACCUAUACCUUCUAGUACUGGUAGUCGGUUUUGUAGUGCCGCUGCCAUUUGUUAGUCGCAAUGGGCGGUCUCGCACACUGGCGACCCUGAAGCGCAUCUCCAUUGGCGGCAUCGCAGAAGCGCAUGACGGCAAAUUUGGGGACAUAUUGCUCGCUGAUGCGUUGACGAGUUAUGCCAAAGUGCUAGGAGAUCUUUUCGUCUCGCUAUGCAUGUUCUUCUCGUCCUCGCACAGUUCAACGGGGCCUCCGAACAGGAGCUGCGGCGGGGCUUUCUGGGUUCCCUUCAUCAUCGCUAUACCCUCGAUGAUCCGUCUCCGGCAAUGUAUUACCGAGUACUAUCGUGUUCAGAAGGCGAACAAGCAAACUGGGCAGAUUAGUCCAGCGACGGGAUGGGGUGGCCAGCACCUGGCCAACGCACUGAAGUACUCGACCGCGUUUCCCGUCGUCAUACUGAGCGCUCUGCAACGCUCGCCCGAUCCUUCACGCUUUGGCGUUUCGGAAGCGACCCUGUUCCGUAUGUGGCUUGUUGCGGUGGUGGUAAACUCGGGCUACUCGUUCUACUGGGAUGUAGCCAAGGAUUGGGACCUCACCCUCUUCUCCAAUGCCCGUACUCGGGAUAGUCCCGAAUACCCAUGGGGUUUAAGACGGCAUCGCUGGUUCCAUGCCAAAGAGUUUUACUAUGCAGCCAUUGUGGUGGAUGCAAUGCUGAGGUGUACAUGGAGUUUGAAACUUAGCGUGCAUUUGGACCAUUUCAACGACUUAGAAGGGGGCAUCUUUACGAUGGAGGUUCUGGAGGUGUUGCGAAGAUGGAUAUGGAUCUUCUUCCGCGUGGAGACAGAAUGGGUGAGGCAUUAUAGGGGCCCGGCGCCUGACGAUAUCCUACUAGGUGAUGUUGGGGUUGGAAACAAAUACGAUGAUAGCGAUUAG